UUUUUUUGCAAAUUGUGCAUUGCACAUUUGCACGGGAUAAUCGAGUAUUUUUUUUUUCAAAAAAAGUAAAGCCUUUAGCGGGAGAACUGCCACUGCGCGAGGCGGCCACGGCCUCACUUCUGCCACACUCCUUUCUCUCUCUCCUGACUCACUUCAUGCAAUGCUCAUCUUCAGUGAAGCAAAGAUGGAAACCGGGCCCACCAGUUUGAUUAGCAGGAUCCAUAAUUCGUUACCCGAUGGAAUAUAUUUCGCAACAUCAAUUACUUCCCACAAAACCAGCGAAUUCGAAUUGGUUCAAGGUAUAUUGCAUAUAUUGCAGGGUAAUUCUAGUACCUUGUUUGUUUGGGAUGAAAUUCAAUGUCGAUUUUAUGCCAAAAUUGGGAUGUAUGUAGCUCACCUCUCCCAAACGAGUUUACAUGAUAUUCUCAAUCAGUUUUUGUAUGCUGCUACUUGUUUAAGGCUGGUGGAGCUUGUUAUUGAACGGAUUGAGAAAGAGGGGAAAUGGUUUCCUACAUUGAGGGCGUUUGGGAGCUCGGUUUCAGCUUGGCUCAAGAGGUUGCGAGACAUUGCGUUGGAGGAGGAAGUAAAGAUAAAUGACCCUGAUCCAAGGACUGUUCCAACGCUUUUGGGGAUGGCAAACUCUUUGUCCAGCCUUUGUUCAGGGGCCGAAUUUUUGUUACAAGUAGUUCGUGAAGCAGUGCCGAAUUUCUGGCUUGAUUCUCUGCAUUCUGCUCCUGCUGCUGAAGUGGCUGUCCAUAUCCUUGAUCAUCUUUACAAGAAGCUAAAUGAAACUUGUCUUGUCCAGGGUGGUGAGGAGGAGUCCUACAGGAUGCUCCUUUAUUUAUUUCUUGGAAGUCUAUUGCCAUAUAUUGAGAUCCUUGAUAACUGGAUAUUUGAAGGAAUUCUUGGCGAUCCGUAUAAUGAGUUGUUCUUCUAUGAAAAUAAAUCUGUAUCAAUUAAUGACACUGAAUUUUGGGAGAAGAGCUACCUCUGGAGAUUCCUGACACAUCAAAAGGUUGAUGCUGAGAUCUCAAGCAUGGCUCUUAAGAAUAAAGCAUGCCCAUUGUUUAUUAAGGACAUAGCUAAGGAAAUUGUUUCAGCUGGAAAGUCUCUGCAGCUGAUCAGGCAUGUUCCAAUGACUUCAAAUAUGACAUCAGCUUCAGAAGGAAGACAUAAGGACCUGCGUGGUUUUAGAAGUUUUUGUGUUGUUAAUGAUCAAAGUGAAUUAUGUAGAGGGUCCAAUACCGCAGGGUUGACAUUGGUAGAGGUAUUUUUUGUGUCUGUCGCAGGUAUUAUAGGCCAUGGUGAUCAUGUGUAUAAUUACUUUAUGCAAAAAGAUUUUACCUCUAUGAUUCCUCGUUUAUUGCAAUGUGAAGUGGAAAGGCACAAACUUGGAAGAGAAAGAGAGAGUGGUGCUAUAAAAAGCCCAAGAAAGACUUGGGUUGAGUUUUUGGAUAGUACAUUACAAGAAAGAGAAAAAUCUCAUCAAGUUGAAACCUUGUUGUCCCAUGGUAAAGGAGAUGCUGAGACCAGUCUGGUGAAUGAACUCCAACUUCUGAAAUCUUUCUGUCCCGAAAAUCCAGUUAUUACUGUUUGUCAAAAGUUAUUGAACAAGAAUAGAGAUUCGUUGAGAUCUUUGACUUUGUCAAAGAAUGCCAAUCUUCCUCCAUUGAAUGAUGAGGAUUUGCGGACGGCUAUUUUCAAUAUUGAAAAUGAAAAAGGAGCUUUAUCAACCAAGCAAACCAAUUUCAGUUUUGGUUUUCAGUUUAGUGAAUCUCAAUAUCUUCGUUCAACAGGAGAAUCAAAAGUUUUAGAAGCCAUGUUUCCUUUUCCAACAGUUCUCCCUUCUUAUCAGGAGGACCUUCAGAUGUCAGAACUGUUGCCUCUUCAGAAAAAUAGCACUUUGUCCUCCAGAAUUCUUCGCUGGAUUCAAAGUGCCGAACCUAAGGGAACCCUCCUUCCUACGGUUAUACUGCAAGAAUGUCUGAAAGUCUACAUUAAUAAACAGGUGGAUAUCAUUGGAAGUUGCAUGCUGUCAAAGUUACUCCAGGAAUGGAGAUUGAUGGAUGAGCUUGAAGUGCUGCGUGCUAUUUACUUGUUAGGUUCAGGGGAUCUUCUCCAACACUUCUUGUUAAUGAUUUUCAAAAAGAUGGAUAAAGGAGAAUCAUGGGAUGAUGAUUUUGAAUUGAAUAUGGUACUGCAGGAAUCAAUCAGGAAUUCUGCAGAUGCCAUGCUAUUGACUGCGCCAGACUCAUUGGUUGUCUCAAUCAUUAAACCUCAUGGUCUUGAUGGUAGUGAUCAGCAGAAUGCAACUGGUAUUCCAUCUAUUCCUCGCAAAGGCCAUGAGCAUAUCUUGGGUGUUAAUGGUCUUGAUGUACUCAACUUCACCUAUAAGGUUUCUUGGCCACUUGAACUUAUUGCUAAUACCGAGGCAGUUAGAAAGUAUAACCAGGUGAUGCAUUUCUUAUUGAAAGUUAAGCGUGCGAAGUUUGUACUUGACAAAGUUCGGAGAUGGAUAUGGAAGAAAAAAGGUGCGGUAACAGUCAACUUCAAGCACCAUUGGUUAGUGGAACAGAAACUUCUGCAUUUUGUGGAUGCUUUUCACCAGUACGUGAUGGAUAGAGUCUAUCAUAGUGCAUGGCGUGAGAUGUGCCAAGGUAUUGCAGCAGCAUGUUCUUUAGAUGAAGUAAUUGAAGUACAUGAAGCCUACUUGCUAUCUAUCCAAAGGCAAUGCUUUGUUGUUCCUGAUAAGCUGGGGGCACUGAUAGCCAGCAGGAUAAACACUAUCCUUGGAUUGGCUCUGGACUUCUACUCAAUACAGCAGACACUUAAUAGUGGCGGGGCAGUUUCUGCCAUUAAGGCCAGAUGUGAAAUGGAAGUGGAUCGCAUUGAGAAGCAGUUUGAUGAUUGCAUUGCCUUUCUUCUCAGAGUAUUGUCCUUCAAGAUCAACGUGGGACACUUUCCACAUUUGGCAGAUUUGGUGACCCGAAUAAAUUACAACCACUACUACAUGUCCGAUAAUGGAAACAUGAUCACAGCUCCUGGAUCUGAAUCAGUGAAGUCAGGAAAGGCCUUUCCCAGCAGACCUGGGUGAUUGGUAUUCUACCUUACUUUUCCCUUUGUAUCAGAAGAUUCAGAACAACAGAAACUAUCUGUGUGACUUUAUGCUAGUCACGGGUAAAUGUUGUGUAACGUGCUAACCUUUCUCUUCCACAAGUUUCGAUGUCCAAAGAUUGCCUGAAAUUUAGGUGCUGAUGCUGAUAUUAUUUACCAUACUAGCUAAAGCGGGCAGCUUGGUGGUGUUCAAAGUUGUUCCGUGUAGCUACAGCUUGUAUAUAAUCCCUAGUUGGGUGUAAUUAUAUGGUUUUGUGUGCCAAAACACACAAGUAAAUGCAUGUAAUUUAUUCUUUAGGGGUCUGCGUUUGAAGGAGGUGUUCUUGCAAUUAGUUUUAUGUACUCAUUUUUGUAAUAGUUUUUUACUUGUAUAUAAUGCUAGUGAUUAUUAGUCCUUGUCAAGCAGAA